AUGGAUAAUGAGCAACAGUCAGUAAGUAGUGAUACCGAGUUGGAAAGUGGGACACAAAGUAAUGUUAGUGACGUAGUUCAGGAAGUACAAUGUGAGAAUCUGGGGGCAGAAGGACAAGAAAUGUUGCCAUUGCCACCCAGUGAUUCAGUUGAUAGCGGAAAUACUGUGCCAUCCGCAAGCACUGGACACGGACCAGAGAGUGGUGAGGUGUCAGAAGUGCAAUCAUUAAGAGUUAUGUUCGAGCGCAUGCUCAAUUUCCAAGCUGAAUUUGUACGUGUGCAAGCAGAACGUGAUAGAGAACGUGAUGCUAAACAAGCAGAACGCGAUAGAGAACGUGAUGCUAAACAAGCAGAACGCGAUAGAGAACGUGAUGCUGAACAAGCAGAGCGUGACCAGAGAUUGGUAGCUGAAUUUGCAUGUAUGCAAGCAGAACGCGAUAGAGAACGUGAUGCUGAACAAGCAGAGCGUGACCAGAGAUUGGUAGCUGAAUUUGCCAAACAAGCAGAGCGCGAUGGAGAACGUGAUGCUAAACAAGCAGAGCGUGACCGACGCCUGCAUGAGAGGGACUUGCAGUUGAUGCAAACUUUAGAAGUUAUGCAAAGUGAGAUUGUUAGUUUGAAACAAAAAUAUGAAACCAUACCCAAAACGGUGCAAGAAUUAAGCGAAAGAGUAGAUAGUGUUCAAGUGGCUAACGCCAAUAUAGUAGAGGAAAUCAGUGUCCUGACUAAUAGGGUCGAACAACUAGAAAUUGACACAACUCAAGUAAUUGAGAACAAAGUGAUCGAACAAGUGCACAAAGUAGAAAAUGAAGUCAUGAAAGAAAUAGAUCAGAAAGUGCACGCCGCAAUUGAGGCCAGAGAUGUGGGCUCAAGUGUGCGGGCGCCUUUGUUGGAACUGCUCGGUCCGCCGCCCAGACUGUCCCACCGCCCCCCACCACCCCUGCCACCCCCACCUCCCCUGCCGCCCCCACCGCAGCCUCAGCGCCUCGUUAGGCGGCUGUCGCGUCCGCGAGUCCGCUGUCUGUCCCCCGCCAGCCAAGUCUCGCCCUACUGGGACGCCGCUGCAGUUCUUCAGUUCCGCUGUCGCCACUGGUUUGUUCCGCCACUGCGUCUCGGCGGGGAAGCUUUUUUUCACGUUCCAACUCUAGCGUAA